UGUUGUUAGCUUUUUCCCUUCUCUUCCUUGAUUAGAAAAGGAAAGGGCAGCAGCCUCCUUCUGCCUGACUGGACAGCCUGCUUGCACUUUGUCGCUUUUAUCGCAACAGAUCCAAACAACUCCCAUCGGCUUCAGUUAAUUUUUUAUUUCUUUGGUUUUGUUCUGGCCUUUCUUUGAAUGGAUCAGCUUGUCUUCUGACUGGGCUUCCAUUUGUGCUGUGGAUGUGACAGCCAACCAUGCUGCUGCUACUGCUGCUUGUCUGCCUGCAAACUUCACUGCAACAACAGACUCCUCCCCCCGGUCGCUGUGACAUCUCGCAGAGAAGCGACGCCUACACUUCCUGUACGUCCUGCGCCGCCGUGGCCACCAGCAGCUGCCCGCACGGCUUCAGCAAGGUUGGCACCACCAACUGCAGCUAUGUGGUGCAGAUCGGCGGCAGGGAGACGGCGCUGGACGGAUGUCGUCAUCUUUGUGUGAAGAGUUAUAUGCACCCACUGUGCUGCCCGCAGUACUGGGGGCCGCUUUGUCUCGCCUGUCCCAGCUGGUCGGGGAAGACCUGUAACUUCCAUGGCACCUGCGUGGAUGGAGACCUGGGCAAUGGCACCUGUGUCUGUGAUGAAGGAUUCAGUGGCUUUGCCUGCCAGGAGUGCAGCAAAGACAAGACUUAUGGCAAAAAGUGUGAUCAAGCGUGUGAUUGUGUGCACGGAUUGUGCGACCAAGGUCCAGACGGAAGUGGACAGUGUUUGUGCCAGCCGCCAUACACGGGCAAGCGUUGUGACCAAGUGAGCAGCAAGUGCAGUUCUUGCAGUCCUUACUCGUACUGUAAAGGAGAAGGAGAGGCCGCCACGUGUGAAUGUUUGCCAGGCUACAGGAAGACUCAGCAGAACAAAUGUGCAAGCGUGUGUGUGGCCAGCAGCUGUGAUGUCAACGCACAGUGCUCCUCCCAGGGGUCAAAGGUCAGCUGCGCCUGCAAGCCAGACUUUGAGGGCGACGGCAGAAUCUGCGUUCCCAAAAACCCCUGUGUGGUCAACAAUGGAGGUUGUCCUUUCAACUCCACCGUCUGUGUCUUCAAAGGACCCAACAAGGCACGCUGCGAGUGCAUGUCCGGCAUGUCUCCAAUAGGGGGAGACACUGGGUCGGGCUGUCAGCUGGUGUCAGCCUGCUCGCCCGACACCUGUCACUCUUCUGCAGUCUGUCAAACUGGCCUGAAUGGGAAAGCCAGAUGUGCGUGCCAGCCAGGCGAGAUCAGCGAUGGGCACCGUUGCUAUGGCACCCUGAUGGAGCAGCUGUGGGAGCUGGACAGGAGUGGCGACCAGAGAGGAAAGCUGACGGGCGCCGUCAACCUGUUUGAGAAAGGCUGCUCACAGCUGCUCAGUCACAGUGGACCAUUCACAGCUUUUGUCCCUCUCCUCAAAACUCCUCUGACUUCCGUCAACGAGGAGCAGACGUGUCGCAACCACCUGAUCAUAGGCCAGCACGUCCUCAAGGACAUGGAGGCCCGAGACUUCAACAUGUACGGAGGUGCCAGGAUGAGGAGCAAGGACAACAAGAGGUUUAUCCUGAUGGAGGAUCCCAAGCGCCUGUACACCAUCAUCCAGGCGGACCUCCCGGCGGCCAAUGGGAUCAUCCACAUCAUUGACCUGCCAAUCAGGAGCCCGCCUCCUGACAGGACGGCUCCAGAAGACACGCACCAAGAUUUGUCCAUUGGCGAGAUUGUGAGGAAGGAGCCGUCGUUCAAUCGCUUCCUGUCUCUGGUUGACAACUGCGGGACGCUGCUCCCUCUGAGCGGACCAGGACCGCUGACUGUUUUCAUCCCCAGCAACGAGGCCGUGGACAAAGCCCGAGACGGGAGCAUCCUCUACAUGCUCAACCACGCCAAAUAUAAACUCCAAGAACUGCUAAAGCACCACAUUUUCUCCAAGGCCAGUCUGACAGGUGACGACCUGGCAGCUCUUCCCCGCAUCGAGACCAUGGCCAAUCAGAUGCUGACCAUCUCCACGUCUUCCGACGGUGACAUCGUGGUGGGCGACAACGGUGCACGCGUGCUCAGCACCACCCGGGCGCGCAACGGCUUGAUCCACUCCAUCGACGGUCUGCUGUACCCGCCAUCCAUCCUCCCCAUCCUGCCUCACCGCUGCGACAUCACGGAGAGCAAGAUCACCGUGGGGCCGUGCGUGCACUGCAGUUACCUCUAUGACACGUCCUGUCCAGAAGGCAGCGCAGAAAUGAACACUCACCUGAUUGGCUGCGAUUAUGUGGCGACUCCCCUGAGGCGGUUGCAGAGCAAAGGCUGCGCCAAGUACUGCAACGUCACCAAGCAGACCCCGGAGUGCUGCAAAGGUUUCUUCGGGCCGGACUGCAAACCGUGCAUCGGCGGCUUCCAGCACCCGUGUUACGGCAGAGGAACGUGCUUUGAUGGUAUCCAUGGCAACGGCUCAUGCGGCUGUCAACCGGGCUUUGAGGGCGUGGCCUGCCACAUCUGCGCCGACCCGUCCAAGCACGGGGAGGACUGUGACGAAGAGUGUCGCUGUUUGCACGGCGUGUGCGACAACCGUCCCGGCAGCGGCGGCGCCUGUCGGAGAGGAUCCUGCUCGGAGGGCUACUCGGGAGAGAGGUGCGAUAAAAAAGCCAUGCCCUGCAACUCGGACGGACUGUUGGAACACUGUCACAUCCACGCCUACUGCACACACACGGGACUGCAGAGCACGUGUGUGUGUCGCGAUGGCUAUGAAGGCGACGGCCAUUCAUGUGCCGCCAUCAACCGGUGUCUGAAGAGCAACCGAGGGGGUUGUGAUGCCAACGCCGACUGCGUGUUUGUGGGUCCCGGCGACGUGUCCUGCCUGUGCGUGGAUGGUUGGACUGGUGACGGCCUGGUGUGUGUGGAGAUCAACAACUGCCAGCUGGAGAGUCGAGGAGGCUGCAGCCCCAACGCUGACUGCAACCAUAUUGGACCUGGCCAGAGCAACUGUGUGUGUAAAUCGGGUUACAUGGGCAACGGCGUGGUGUGUGACCUGGUCAACCCCUGCUACAAGAACAACGGGGGCUGCCACGACCUGGCAAAGUGUGAGCAGAAGGAAGACGGCAACCACACGUGCACGUGCCCCGACGGCUACGCUGGAGACGGCGCCAUCUGCUAUGGAACAUUAUUGGAGGAGCUGGACAUGAACCCGAAGCUCUCCAGCCUCUACUACAUGAUCCAUAAGUACAGUCACGCCUCCGAGGACCUGAGUGGCAACCUCACGGUGCUGGUUCCCACCCGGCAGGCCCGGAUUAACAUGAGCACCGGGGAGACUUUGUUCUGGACCGCCCGACACCGCAUGCCCCACUUCCUGAGGGCUCACAUCCUGCAAGGGAUCUACUCAAUAGAAGACCUGGGGACAAUGGUGGGCCAGAAGCUUGCCUCCUUGAACACACCAACCCUGUGGGAGAUCAGGAACAGCAGCAGAGGACUUCUGAUCGGAGACGCCUCCAUCGUGGAACGCAACCUGCCUGCGGUCAAUGGCUACAUCCACAUCAUCGACCGGAUUCUGCUGCCUUCGCUUUCGGACCUCCCACCCGAGCCUCCCAGUCUCAUGGCCUUCCUGAACUCCUCCCCCGGCUUCAGUCUGUUCCGAGAGUACGCUCUUAUGUACAACCUGUCCGAGGAUGUCAACAUGACGGACUUUACCCUGCUGCUGCCCACGGACGAGGCCAUCCGCCAGCACCUGCGCGAGACUAACUCCACCCAACUGGACUCUGACGUGUUCAAAUACCACCUGAUUCUCAAAGAGCUGCUCUUCCCAGACCGACUGUUCAACGGCAUACUAAAGAGCACUCUGCUGGGCAGUGACUACCAGGUCCAGUUCCACCUUGACAACAACAACCAGACGGUUGUGAACGACGUUCCGCUGGACGGCACUUUUACCGAGACGCAGUACGGCGUCAUCAUGGUCCUCCCUCAGGUCCUCAAAGUCCGCCGCAACAGAUGCAGCCAAGAGGUCACGCUGCAAGUCAAUGGACGGUGUACCGACUGUAACGGACCUCCUCGCUGCCUCUACAGAUACAAGCCAAUUAAAAUGCAGUUUCCGGAGAAGAUGAAAUCCAACUGUUGGUACAGGAAGCGUGUUGGCUCCAGGAGGAAGUCGAUGCCAGGCUGUGUCAUCAAAUGUCUUCAGGUCACCAAUCAUCACUCCUGUUGCUCCGGUUACUACGGCCACGAGUGCUACAAAUGUCCCGGAGAGGUCGGCAGCUGGUGCUCCAAUCACGGGAAAUGUGAGGACGGUGUCCUUGGCAACGGGGAGUGCCGUUGCUACGAGGGUUUCCAUGGCACUGCCUGUGAAGACUGCGAGCCAGGACGUUACGGCGUCAACUGCUCUUCCAAGUGCGCCUGUGACCAUGGGAGAUGUGACCAGGGUUUGACAGGAAGUGGCAAAUGUGAGUGUCACAAAGGCUGGAAGGGAGCGAAGUGCUCCAUAGAGAUCAAGGAUGACGCUUGUGGAGGAGUGUGUGACGAGAAUGCCAACUGCAUCACGGGGCCGCAGGGCACGGCCGCGGCCUGCGUGUGUGUCGCAGGCUACGAAGGCAACGGCACCCUUUGCAGAGAGGUGGACGUGUGCAGCAGAUCCAACGGCGGCUGCUCGCAGUUUGCCACCUGUGCCGGAGUCUCCACGGGGGAGCGCACCUGCGCCUGCAAGGAGGGCUACACGGGCGACGGCGUGGUCUGCCUGGAGGUCGACGGCUGUCUGGUCAACAACGGAGGAUGCCACAAGUCGGCUGAAUGUAUCAGGACGGGCCCGAAUACUGUGGCCUGCAGGUGUCAGGAGGGCUUCCAAGGGUCCGGCAGGUUCUGUUUCCCAGUCAACCCUUGCAAGACCAACAAUGGCGGCUGCAGCAAGUACGCCAGCUGCAAGUACCUGGGUCUGGGUCAGAAGAACUGCUCUUGCUUCAGAGGCCACGUGGGAGAUGGCUUCGAUUGCCGGGGAAACACUAACUCAGAGGUGUACCGGAACCCGGAGAAUGCCGUCUUGCGCCAAAUGCUCACAAGUUCAAACUCUCGAAGUCUUUAUGGAAGUGGGCCGUUCACCGUCUUCGUCCCUGUGGCCAACAACGACACAUUUUCUUCUAUUGAAGAAUGGAAGCAGUCCAAUCGUCUAAACGACCUGGUCCGUUACCACAUUGUUUCCUGUGAGACUCUGACUCUGAACGACCUCCAGACCACGGACAGCGCCGUCGCCACAUCGGGAUCUGUGCUGCGCUUCAGCUUGCAACGGGGCUCGGUGUGGAUCAACAACAGUUCCAGGAUCGUCACCAGCGACUACGUCACAUCCAACGGCGUCAUCCACUACAUCGACACCCUGCUGACGCCCUACAGGCUGCAGGACAAAGGUCGCCUGAAGGAGAUGAACUUGACGGCCGCAGCUGACUUUUACGGCUACGGCGCCUUCUACCAGCUAGUGGAGAGGGCAGGAUUGCUCCCGCUGCUGCAGAUGUCCAUCCACCAGCCCUUCACCAUGUUCUGGCCCACGGACCGGGCCCUCGGCUCCCUGCCGCCCGAAAGACAGCGCUGGCUCUCCAGUCCUGACAACCAAGAGCAGCUGGCGGCCAUCGUCAAAGCCCACAUCGUACGCAACUCCAAGAUUCUGGAUGUCAGUCAGCCGGGUCCAAACACGUGGUUCCGCACCAUGCACGGAUCAAAAAUCAAAUACUCCUGUGACAAGAGUCUGGUGGGGUCCAUAUUGAUCAAUGAAAACGCGGCCAGAUUAGUGGAGCGCUUCUUGACCUUCAAAGAAGGUGUGGCCUACGGCAUCGACCAGUUACUGGAGCCGGCCGGCUUGGGAGCGUACUGCAGCAGCAUGGAGAACAGAACCACUUUUGGACGAUGCGGACGCUGUCUCUUCCCCCCACCUUGCCCCGUCAGACACCAGGACACGGGACGAGUGGAAGGUUGCAUGAGGUCCCGCGCCAGGUACUCUCUGGGCUACAUGCGAUGGUCAGGUGACCUGGACACACUGGGAAGAUUUGGCUGCAAGAGAGUCUGUAAAUUCCCCACCUGGGUCCAGAAGUGCUGCAAAAACCACUACGGCCCAGACUGUCAAGUGUGUCCAGGGGGCGUGGAGUCUCCUUGCAGCGGGCAUGGUGCUUGCGAAGACGGCCUGGGUCGCUCGGGAAAGUGCAACUGUCUCACGGGCUUCAAAGGCACGGCGUGCGAGAUGUGUACCACAGGAAGUUACGGCCCCAACUGCACAGCAUGUGCGUGUGAGAGGCAGGGGUCAUGUGACGAGGGCAUGGAAGGGUCCGGCCAGUGUGUGUGCAGGCCGGGCUGGAAGGGCGAACGCUGUGAGAUCGACAUCGGCUCCAUCCCGGAGGAAUGUCGGCUGUGCCACCCUCAGGCCAGCUGCUUGCCGGGCCGCGGAUGUCUCUGCAAACCUGCUUUUCGGGGGAACGGCACCUUCUGCAGUCCUGAGCCCCCUCCAGAUCUCUGCUCCGAGUACAACGGCGGCUGUCACCAGGAAGCAGACUGCAACCAGACGCUGCUGCAGGUCAACUGCACCUGUCGCAGCGGUUACCAGGGCGACGGGUACUCCUGCGAGGCCGUCAACAGAUGUGUGGAGGAGACAAACGGCGGCUGCAGCGACUUCGCUUCCUGCAAGUUCACAGGUCCGAACGAGCGGGAGUGUGAGUGCUUGCCGGGAUACGUGGGUAACGGCGUGCAGUGUCUGGAGAAGGUGGCGCCCCCUGUUGACCGCUGCCUGGAAGACAACGGAGGCUGCGAUGCCGUGGCCUCCUGCAAAGACUUGCAUUACCACGCCAACACAGCGGGAGUCUUCCACCUGCGCUCCCCGGACGGGAAGUACAAGAUGAACCUCAGUCAAGCGGACGCCGCCUGCCAAGCCGAGGGCGCCGUGUUGGCCAACCUCAAACAGUUGGGGGAUGCACAGCAGCUGGGGAUGCACCUGUGCGUGGCGGGCUGGAUGGAAGGAGGUAAGGUGGGAUACCCGACCCGCUUCCCCAGCGUGAGGUGUGGCGACAACCACGUGGGCGUGGUCCUCUACAAAGAACCUGUAGACCAGCAGAGCCAGUACGACGCCUACUGCUACAGAGUGGAUGACGUGACCUGCACCUGUCCCGAUGGAUAUGUGGGAGACGGCGGCUUCUGUAACGGCGUUCUCACCGACGUCCUGGCGGCGCACAGCAACUUCUCCAUCUUCUACAAGUUCUUGUUGGAGUACGGCGGCUUCUCCACAGAAGGCAAACACCUCCUGGAGUUUUUAGCGCACAGGAAGUCGGAGGUGACCUUGUUUGUGCCCCACGACGCUGGGUUCAGCCCCAGCCAGGUGACCUGGACUUUUUCUCUAUAAUCUCUAAAUAGUGUUUCAAAACAUGUUCUACCGAUGUCUACAUUCAAAACAUUGAAGAAUAUUGGUCCAGUUUCGUUUUCUUUCCUUUUUUCCAUUAAGCACCCUGAAAACAAUCCACAGUGUGUCGAGCAAUACAAAGAUGUCAAACA